GCCUGUGGAGGGAGGGCGACGGGACGGCCGGGAGGAUCGGGCCCGGGCCUGCCCGCCCGCCAUGGAGGGAGAGGAAUCCGUUUCCUGCGACUACCAGCCGGCCAGCCCGCCCCGGGACGCCUGCACCUACAGCAGCUGCUACUGUGAAGAAAAUAUCUGGAAGCUUUGUGAAUAUAUAAAAAACCAUGAUCAAUAUCCUUUAGAAGAAUGUUAUGCAGUCUUCAUAUCUAAUGAGAGAAGGAUGAUCCCAAUCUGGAAGCAGCAGGCCAGACCUGGAGAUGGACCUAUCAUUUGGGAUUACCAUGUUGUUUUGCUUCAUGUUUCAAGUGGAGGACAGAGUUUCAUUUAUGAUCUUGAUACUGUGUUGCCAUUUCCAUGUCCCUUUGACACUUAUGUAGAAGAUGCCUUUAAGUCUGAUGAUGAUAUUGACCCACAAUUUCGAAGAAAAUUUAGAGUGAUUCGAGCGGACUUGUAUUUGAAGAACUUUGCAUCUGACCGAUCUCACAUGAAAGAUUCCAGUGGAAAUUGGAGAGAGCCUCCUCCUCCUUAUCCCUGCAUUCAAACUGGAGCUUCAAAAAUGAACCUGAAUGAUUUUAUCAGUAUGAAUCCUGAGGUUGGAUGGGGAGCUAUAUACACACUAUCUGACUUUGUACAUCGAUUUGGCAGUAAGAACUGAUUUCAGCAUAUGGACAUGGAAAAUGGAAUAAUUCUGGGACACAUAUUUGCUUUUCCUUUUGCAUGAUGUGAAUACCAACACCCUCCAGGUUUGUAAAUAGUUUACAAUGAGAUUGGCAGAGAAUUAGGUUUUUCUACUUUGCUUAAUAAAAUUGAAAUUUGAGUACAUACAUGUAAAAAAUUGAAUAAAAAUAUUUUUGUAUGUCAAGA